AUGGAUGCAUCCCCGCUUGAAGAACAAUCCGACUGUCGGAACACACCCGAACCUUCCCCUCCUAUUAAAACCUCCAAGCCUCCCAAACGGGGUCGACCUAGGAUAGAUCGUCCUGGAGAAACAGCGGGUGAGAGACGAAAACAACAGAUCCGACUUGCACAACGAGCCUACCGGUUUCGCAAGGAUCUCAGAAUUACAGAACUAGACCAGGAAGUUGCCAAGCUUGAACAGACCAUCCUCGCAAUCCGCGACCUCUAUCUCAGCGUGCACACUUCUGUCGUGGACUCUGGAAUUGGAAUGUCCCAUCCGUUUCUCGCGCAGUCCAUGCAAACGAAUCUUCAGCUCUUGCUUUCUCUCACGCAGUCGGUAUCGUUUUCGUCCACGUAUCAGAGCACAGACGGUUCAUGGGACGAGACCUUUCUCAGGCGCAAGCGCCCGCUCCCGUCGCCUCCCGUGUCGAGCCAGAAUCCAUCGUCCGACUCUGAAACAUUGAAGCUUCCUCUCGACAGCACGUCCACAAGUCCGGGAGAAGGCUCGCGCCCGUCGCCGAACCAAUUCGUCCUAGAUCCGCUUCUGCUCUGUGAUGAAUACUUCUGGGAGCAACCCGGCAUGGGCAUGAACAAUGAUGAGAUAUCUCUUGGUCAUUUGACUUUACAGGAAUUCUCUUCGUCUCACUCUUGA